UAUCCUGACUCAGUAGCCAUGAUAUUUAUUUGAAAAUAACUUUUCAUGUUAAACUUUAAUCACUAAUGAUAUUGAAAUUGUUGUUACAACCGCGAGGAAGUAGACAAAGAGAGAAAGAAGGUGAAAAGAAAGGAGUAAAUGAUCAAGUGUGAAACAAAGAAACGAGACUGAAAUUGCCAUAAAAUACAAAAAUACAUCAAUAGUUAGUCAGUUUAUCGAUAAUUUCCAUAUCAAUUAGUUUCACCGAUUAAAGUAUCUUCUGUAGUUUCAAGUUGAUCAAGGAUAAAUUGUUUGACAAGUUUAAAUUGAUGAGUUAUAGCGAUAAUUUUACAAACAAAAUUUCAAUCAUAAACCAACAAUUUUACCCAUAAACAUCAACAACAUCAACCAACAAGACCAAGCAAUACCAAGAAAAAUUAACGUCUAUUGUUCAACCCAAAUAAGCUCAAUUGACAUCGCUGUUAUGUGCCCUUGAAUUGUCAUCAUUGUUAAUCAGUGUUUAUCAGUAUAAUCAUCAUCUUCAUCAAUAACAUCACCUUUACCAGCGCAAAAUAAACAACACUUGACUACUUUCAACUGGUAACCCCUUAAAUCAACCCGGAAUGUAUGAUAAUUCAAUGAAUAUAUCUUUAUUUAGCAAUGGUGUUAACAAUGAAAGUUAUCCUGGGUUAACAUUUUCUUCCACCAAUUCAUCAAGCCAAUUCAACUUGACCAACAGUGAUGUUUACUUCAUCAAUAAUUCAAAUUACCCUCAAAACAAUUGGAGUGUAUCAUCAAGUUCACCCUCACCAUCUGAUGUUAACCCACUGGAAAGGAAUAAAUUUAUCCUUCCUUGGUGGCAACAAGUUAUCUGGACCCUUGUCUUUGGUGGUAUGAUUCUGGUUGCCACCGGAGGCAAUACAAUUGUGAUAUGGCUUGUGUUAGCCCAUAAAAGGAUGAGAACGGUUACCAAUUAUUUUAUUGUUAACCUUUCCAUUGCUGACAUUAUGGUUUCAACUCUCAAUGUAAUCUUUAACUUUACCUGUAUGCUCAACGGAGAUUGGCCUUUUGGUACACUUUACUGUAAAAUAUCCAAUUACAUUGCCAUUGUAUCAGUGUCAGCCAGUGUUUUAACCUUAAUGGCAAUCUCAAUAGAUCGUUAUGUUGCCAUCAUUUACCCAUUGAAACCUCGAAUGUCCAAAAAAACAACCGUAUUCAUUACUUUAGCAAUUUGGAUAAUUGGAAGUAUAUUAUCUUUGCCCAAUAUACUUUACUCCACAACCAAACGAGAAUAUUUUCUUAAUGGCGAUUAUCGUGAUAUUUGUUUCCUUGAUUGGCCUGAUGGACCCGCUACAUCAAGUAAAUUUGAUUAUAUUUACAAUGUGAUAAUAUUGUUGGUUACUUACAUGGUUCCAAUAUGUUCAAUGUGCUUUACUUAUUCUCGAGUUGGCCUGGAGCUUUGGGGAAGUAAAGGUAUUGGUGAAUACACAGAGAAACAGGUUGAAUCAAUGAAAUCAAAAAGAAAGAUUGUUAAAAUGAUGAUUGUUGUCUUCGUUAUUUUUGCUGUUUGCUGGUUACCAUAUCAUGGAUAUUUUUUGCUCACUCACCAUUUUCCUGAGAUGAUGGAAGCCGAUUAUGUUCAACAGAUUUAUUUAAUUAUCUAUUGGCUGGCAAUGUCCAAUUCCAUGUAUAAUCCAAUAAUUUAUUGUUGGAUGAAUUCGAGGUUUCGAGAAGGAUUCAAAAAGAUAUUUUGCUGUCUAUGUUAUGACAAUAGUGACUCUGAUAACUUCCUAGAGUCUAAAUUGACUCGUCGUGGUAAAUCAAGCUUCUCGGAAGCUUGUAUCACAGAAACUAAGAUAAGGUUGAAUGGUAAUGGUCAUGGGACAGCUUUGAUGAUGGAUGAAACAAUUAAACAAGCAGAGUAUAGAUUGUAAAUAGUGAUCUCUGUAAAUACUCAUUCACUAUUAUUAAUAAUGUUGAUUAAUGUUAUGAAAACCAAAUAAUAUAUAAAGUAAAUCACUUUGUGUAAUUGUUAAUAUUUCUUGCCAUUCAAAGUUGUGUUUUAUGAUACGUACAUGGAUCUAUUGUAUAGAGACCUAAAAACUGUUCAAGGAGACGACAAAAGCACCACGACUCGAGUCAAUUGUAAAUACUUACAAGUGUUUUUAAUACAAAUAAAAUUAUUAAUCAUUUGUUUUCAUG